AGCAGGAACCGGAUGUAGCUAACWGUGUUGUGUUUCCAGACAGGAGGAAAGGACUUGACGUUUGGGUUUACCUCAUGAACCUUCUCUGUGUCAGUAUUUGUGUUUCACUCCUUCGUUCAAAAGUCAAAGAAAUCGGUGAAAACUGCUGAAUCAAUCGAUGGGAAAAAUCUAACAAUGUUCAGCUUUGAGGGAGAUUUCAAAACAAGACCCAAGGUCUCACUGGGAGGGGCAAGUAAAAAGGAGGAGAAAGCAUCUUUGUUGCAUCGGACUCAAGAAGAAAGACGAAAACGAGAGGAUGAAAGAAAACGACUGAAGAAUGCCAUCAUCAUUCAGUCCUACGUACGUGGCUACCAGGACUUAAAACAACAGUAUGCCACUCAGAGGGCUAAGUUUGAUGAGUGUGCCAGCCAGUCACAAGCAGCAGGAGCUCAGCAUGUCAUGGAUGGUGCUGCUCUUUGCCUCUUAUCAAGACAGCUUAUAUUUUUUUAUAGACAAAAUGUGGAUGCGCAUAGAUUGGUAUGGUUAUGCCAGAACCUGGUGAAGCACAACAGUCAGUUUGUGAAGCUGUUAGUUGGCCCGCAGAGRCAAACGUGUAUGUUUCAGAUCAAAAGAAUCUUGGGCUUCUGUUGCAGGCUCCUGCAGAGCUGCACGGACGAAAGUUUAAAUGUUGCAGUUCCCAUGCGCAUGCUAGAAAUCUUUUCUACAGAGAAAACCUAUCUUCCUAUUAUUCCAGAUGCUAACUAUGUAGCUUCUUUACUCGAGCAGAUUUUGCACUAUAUGGUUCAGAAAGGAUACUACAGGUCGCUGUACAUUCUUGUGAAUCACAGACUCCCCUGCAGUCUGGAGUACAGUGACACUCCCUCUAUUCCUCUGGCAAGCACACUGUUGGAGCACAUCCUCAAACCUCUGCACUUUACUUACUCCUCCUGCACAACAGGCGCAAGGCAGUUUGUGUUUGCAGCUUUUACCGAGGAGUUCAUCUCUGCACCGUUUACCGAGCAGAUAUUUCACUUUUUUAUCCCGGCACUAUCCGACCGCUGUCUCCUAUUUCCAUUUGAGGCCUUCCUGAACUCCCUUCAGACCACAAUUUCCUCCUCUUCAGCAGCACAGAGCCAGGCGCCGUGGCUCUUUUACUUUCUCCUUUCUGCAGGGGAGAACUGCUUAAACUCACUAUCAGAGGAGGGUCACCUGCUGUACCUUCAAGCUCUGCAGACGCUGCUUCCACUGCUGCCCGUGUCAGAAAACACAAGCAAGCCAGAAGUGAACAGUGACUCUGAGGAUGAUGAUGAUCCUAACCUCCACUCUUUACCAAUGCAGGAUGACAGCCGGAUUUCUGUGCAGCUGAUAACCGAGGAAUGUGUUCGCAAGCUGGACAUGAAACAACAAACGAACGCCCUACUGAACCUUGUGUGGAGGGACUCAGCCAGUGAGGAGGUUUUCACCCUGAUGGCGUCCAUUUGUCACACUCUCAUGGUGCAGCAUCGUCUAAUGGUGCCAAAAGUCAGACUUCUGUACAGUUUAGCUUUCAAUGCACGUUUCCUGAGGCAUCUCUGGCACCUGAUAACAUCCAUGAAAACUAAAAUGAUUACUGGCUCCAUGGUGCCACUGCUACAGCUGAUCUCACGAGGGUCUCCUAUGUCRUUUGAAGACUCGAACCGCAUCAUUCCCCUCUUCUAUCUCUUCAGUUCUCUCUUCAGUCAUUCUCUUAUCUCGGUGCAUGACAGUGAAUUUUUUGGGCAUGAAAUGGAAGGUCAUGUACAGUCCUCCAUGAUGCCCUUCACGUUGUUAGAACUGGUGACGCUGUCUCGCUGUCUGAGAGAUGCGUGUCUGGGAAUCAUCAAGCUGGCCUAUCCCGAGACCAAAGCGGAGCACAGAGAGGAGUACAUGGCUGCCUUCCGCAGCGUUGGCGUCAAGACAAACACUGAGGUCCAGCAGCGCAUCCAGGCCGAGCAGAAACGCUGGGUGCAGCUCUUCAAGGUCAUUACUAACUUGGUGAAGAUGGUAAAAGCUCGCGACAUCAGACGACCYUUCUGUCCUGCAGGUCACUGGCUCUCUGAGGAGGUCAACAUUCGAGCUGAUAAGGUCACCCAACUGUAUGUACCUUCAGCGAGACAUGCGUGGAGAACACGAAGGAUGGGUCACAUUGGGCCUCUUCAGUCAACUCUUGAUGUGGGAUUAGAGCCUCCACAGCUGUCUGUGUCUGAAGAGAGACAUCUGGCCAUUCUCACAGAGCUCCCGUUUGUCGUUCCCUUCGAGGAGAGAGUGAAGAUCUUCCAGAGGUUAAUCUUUGUUGACAAACGGGAUGUGCAAGGCGACGGGCCGUUCUCUGAUGGCAUCAAUGUCACCAUCCGACGCAACUACAUUUAUGAAGACGCCUAUGACGAACUCUCUCUUGAAAACGAGCCGGACCUAAAGAAAAAGAUCAGAGUCCAUCUUCUCAAUGCUCACGGCCUGGACGAGGCAGGCAUCGACGGCGGUGGCAUCUUUCGUGAGUUCCUUAACGAGCUCCUCAAGUCGGGCUUCAAUCCCAACCAGGGCUUCUUCAAGACCACCAACGAGGGUUUGUUGUAUCCCAACCCCGCUGCAGAGAUGCUCGUGGGAGAGUCCUUCACAAGACACAACUACUUCCUGGGCAGGAUCCUUGGAAAAGCGCUGUAUGAGAACAUGCUGGUGGAGUUGCCUUUUGCCAGUUUUUUCUUAUCCAAACUUCUGGGAACCAGUGCAGAUGUAGACAUUCACCACCUGGCUUCUUUGGACCCUGAGAUGUAUCGCAACCUUCUCUUCCUCAAAAGCUACGAGGGUGACGUGGAAGAGCUCGGCCUCAACUUCACCGUGGUCAACAAUGACCUCGGAGAAGCUCAGGUGGUUGAACUGAAGCCAGGAGGCAAAGAUAUUCCUGUGACAACAGCAAAUCGGAUAGCUUACAUCCAUUUAGUGGCCGACUACAGGCUCAACAAGCAGAUCAGGCCUCACUGUCUGGCCUUCAGGCAGGGUCUCGCUAAUGUGGUCAACCUUGAGUGGCUGCGUAUGUUUGACCAGCAGGAGAUGCAGGUGCUUAUAUCUGGCGCGCAUGUACCAAUUUGUCUUGAUGACCUUAAAAACUUCACAAACUAUUCAGGUGGGUACACUGCCAAUCACCCUGUSAUCCAGAUCUUUUGGGAGGUAGUCGAAGGAUUCACAGAUGAAGAAAAACGCAAACUGCUGAAGUUCGUCACCAGUUGCUCCCGGCCACCCCUGCUGGGCUUUAAGGAGCUCUACCCGGCCUUCUGCAUCCACAAUGGUGGAAACGAUCUGGACCGUCUGCCCACCGCCAGCACCUGCAUGAACCUACUCAAGCUGCCAGAGUUCUGCGACCAGCACCUGAUGAGGAGCAAGCUGCUGUAUGCCAUCGAGUCUUCUGCAGGGUUCGAGCUGAGCUGAGCUGCAUCAACAUCCUCCGUGCCGCUCAGGUGGCUUUUGAAGUAAAAGACUCACAAAGAGGAGCGAUGGCGAACAAUGCACUGACUGAAUUAGUUGUGUUUCUGUGUGUGUGUGUGUGCGCACGCCAAGUAGAGGUUGAGCAGAUAUUCAUAGACAGAGGAAAGCGGUGCAAGAGUAAAUAUAAGUUGGAUUUUAAAAAGAAAAAUCCAUGUAACGUUUUAGUAAUUGAUUUUUUUAAUCACUUUGGAAGAACAGAGAUGCGGCUGAAUUUUCAAGGACGUUUUAGGAGCUGAAAGAAAAUAAAAGCAGCAGCUACUCUAUCAGCUGGCAUUAAAGGACAAGUGUAGAUUUUUUUUGAAGUUGAGUUGCUUUGAAAGAUUACGAACAAUUAAUAUCUUAUGCAUUGUCAAUAGCUCUUUGAAUUAUUUAUUUUAUAAACCUUUAAAUCACUGUCAGUUUUGCAUUACACCAAUAUUUACAUAGAAUCAUAUGAUUGUCAUUCUGUGGAUUAUGUUCUAGCAACUACCAGUGCAAAUUGGUGCACUACCAGCAUGAAUAUUAUAUUUCUGCCAGGCAUAAAAAGUGUGUAGUGCUAAACUGAUAGCAGCGUAAAGGUUUUUAAAUUGUUCUUACUGCUAUCAAACUUUUGAGAGUGGAGUUAUUUUCAGACAUCAACGCACUUUGGUUUGGCUAGCUGUUAGACUGGCUAUCUGGUCACAUUUAAACUAAUCAAAWAACAGGUAAGAUAUUACUUGUUCAUAACCUUUCCACAGAACCCUACUUUAAGAGUUUGAACUAUCUCUUUAAUGGACAGUUGUUUGUCACCAAAGAUAACCUGGCAUGAAAAAAAAAAGGCAAUACAAGGGGACGAACUGUUAGACUCUAAAGCCACCACUUGGUGUGGGCUGCAGAGGCGGAAAAAUGUUUUAAUGCCGUUAAUUAUAUAAUGUAGACGUCAUCGAAACUUCAKUUAUGAUUUCCUAAACGCCAACCAGUAAUAACUUGCAUCUGUUUGCCAAACUAAGUGUUAACCGUUCUGAAGCUGAGGGAAAAACUGGUCUUGCUGGAUUAAAUCGGGAGAAAGUAAUWACAUAAUAAUGGUUUUGUGAAUAUGUAUUUGUUUUAAAACUGCUUGUGUAUGAUCCAUGUAUUUGUAACUUGUACAGGUUUGUUUAUCUUUCUUUUUUUUUGUAACWAAUGGGAGACUUUUGUUUCCUUUCAUACAUACUCUAAGGUUAACAAUCUCCUUACCUGAUCAACACACAAAGGUUUGUGUCGAACCAAUAACCAGUAUACCAACAAGUUGAAAACAUGAAAACAGUGUUUCAGAGAUGAAUAAAACCAUUUUUUGCAUUUUCCUUCCA